GACCAAAGCAAUUGAAGAGCAAUUAAGCGAUGACCUCAGUCGAGCGAGCGUGCGCGUGACAAGUGUCGUACUCAGACCUCACGCCGUACGCCGACUUGUAGUGUCGUAAACCCAAAAAACCGCUCUCCUCUCCCACGUGACGCUGCUGAAGUCGGCGCGGCUACUUGAGAGGCUACUGUGUGUGUGUGUCCGUGUGGUUGCAGGGCGGACGCUUGUGUUUCAGCGGACACCACCUCGUCUUACAAACAUGGAGGGAGCCGACGAGUACAUGAAGUACCGUUCCCCGCUGGUGUCGAGGUACGCCAGCAAGGAAAUGGCCUACAACUUCAGUGACAGGAAGAAGUUCACCACCUGGAGAAAGCUGUGGAUCUACCUGGCCAAGGCGGAGAAGGUUUUGGGUCUUCCCAUCACAGACGCCCAGAUUCUGGAGAUGGAGAGCCACGAAAUGGACAUUGACUUUGCCAUGGCGGCCGAGGAGGAGCGUAAGCUCCGGCACGACGUCAUGGCUCAUGUCCACACCUUCGCACACUGCUGCCCGACUGCUGCUCCCAUCAUCCACCUCGGCGCCACCUCCUGCUACGUGGGAGACAAUACUGAUCUGAUUAUCCUGCGCGAUGGAUUUGACAUUCUCUUGCCUAAGCUGGCCAGAGUCAUUGAUAGACUGGCAAACUUUGCAGAGAAAUACGCUGACCUCCCCACGCUCGGCUUCACACACUACCAGCCUGCCCAGUUGACCACGGUGGGAAAGCGAGCAUGUCUCUGGCUACAGGACUUGGCCAUGGACAUGCGGAACAUGCAGCGAGCCCACGACGACCUGCGUUUCCGGGGGGUCAAGGGGACCACUGGCACCCAGGCCAGCUUCCUGCAGCUCUUUCAGGGGGACCAUGAUAAGGUGGAAGAUCUUGAAAGAAUGGUGACAGAGAUGGCUGGAUUCAAGAAGGCCUACCUGGUGACGGGACAGACUUACAGCCGCAAGGUGGACGUAGACUGUCUGUCCAGCCUGGCCAGUCUGGGAGCCACUGUUCACAAGAUCUGUACAGACAUCCGCCUGCUCGCCAACCUGAAGGAGCUCGAGGAGCCUUUCGAGAAGGAGCAGAUCGGCUCCAGCGCCAUGCCCUACAAGAGGAACCCCAUGCGCGCCGAGCGUUGCUGCAGCCUGGCCCGACAUCUGGUGGCGCUGUUGGCCGACCCGCUGCAGACCGCCUCGGUCCAGUGGCUGGAGAGGACACUGGACGACAGCGCCAACAGGAGGAUCUCCUUGCCCGAGUCGUUCCUGACGGCAGACAUCAUCCUCAGCACCCUGCAGAACAUCUCAGAGGGACUGGUGGUCUACCCCAAAGUCAUCGAGAGACACAUCCGCCACGAGCUGCCCUUCAUGGCCACAGAGAAUAUCAUUAUGGCCAUGGUGAAGGCUGGAGGAAACAGACAGGACUGCCACGAGAAGAUCCGUGUUCUGUCCCAGGAGGCGGCAGCCGUGGUCAAACAGGAGGGUGGAGAUAACGACCUGCUGGCCAGAGUCCAGCGAGACCCCUACUUUGCCCCCGUCCUGGGGCAGCUGGAUGCCAUACUGGACCCCAAGACCUUCAUCGGCCGUGCUCCCCAGCAGGUGACCAGGUUCCUGUCUGAAGAAGUACGCCCCCUGCUGGAGCCUUACAGGGCUAAGAUGGAUGUCAAGAUCGAGCUCGAGCUCUGAUGCGUGCGCACACACACACACACACACACACACACACACACACACACACACACACACACACACACACACACACACACACACACACACACACACACAGAGAGAGAUACACAAUGGCUCGCACACAAGCCAGGAAAAUGCCUCGACAUGGUAUGUGGCCAUGCUGAACGCCUCCCCCUCAAUAAAGAACAAUCACUGAAUUAA